AUGGCGAAUGGAGGUUUCCCUUUUCAAAUGUCGAUGCUCACAAAGAACAACUAUGAUAAUUGGAGUAUCAAGAUGAAGGCGCUACUAGGAUCUCAAGAUGUGUGGGAUGUCGUUGAGAAAGGCGUCAAGGAGCAAGACGAAGCCUCGUUAAGCCAAAGUGCGAAAGAUACAUUGAAGGAGUCAAGAAAGAGAGACAAGAAAACUCUCUUUCUCAUUUAUCAAUCGGUGGAUGAAGAUACUUUUGAGAAGAUAUCCAACGCAACGACGGCCAAAGAAGCAUGGGACAAGCUUCAAACUUGCAACAAAGGAGUUGAGCAGGUAAAAAAGAUUCGUCUUCAAACUCUUAGAGGUGAUUUUGAACGUUUGUUUAUGGAGGAGUCCGAGUCAAUUUCUGAUUAUUUUUCUCGAGUAUUGGCCGUAGUCAAUCAACUUAAAAGAAAUGGUGAAGAUGUUGAUGAUGUGAAAGUCAUGGAGAAAAUACUUCGCACUUUAAAUCCAAGUUUUGACUUCAUUGUUACCAACAUUGAAGAAAAUAAGGAUUUAAAGACCAUGACCAUUGAGCAACUCAUGGGUUCCUUACAAGCAUAUGAAGAAAAACAAAAGAGAAAAACUAAACAAAAGGAGGCUAUAGAGCAACUACUACAACUCAACAUAAAGGAAGCAAACUAUGUAAACUACAAGAGCCAAAGAGGACGAGGACGUGGCCAAGAUCGUGGACGCGGACGCGGACGUGGAAGAGAAGGAAGAGGAGGUUACAACAACUACUCUAACAACUUCAACAAUGGAGAAAGAAGUUGGAAUCCACAAGCGACAAGAGGUCGUGGAAGAGGAAAUUCAUGGUCGAGAUUCUCGAAGAAGGUUGAAGAGAAAGCUAACUUCGUAGAAGAAAAAGGUGGAGAAGAAGAAACUUUGUUACUCGCAUGUCAAAACCAAGUUGAAGAGAAAAGAAACAAGUGGUACCUCGACACUGGUGCAAGCAAUCACAUGUGCGGCGAUCGAAGCAUGUUUGUAGAGAUCAAUGAAGCGGCAACUGGCGAUGUCUCAUUUGGAGAUAACUCGAAGAUACCGGUCAAAGGAAAAGUGUCUCAAGGCGUGCUAUACCGACUCUUCAUGGCUAUGGCAUUUACGAUUUGGGCAUCUCAACUUCGAUGGUUUAGAACGUUUGACAAAGAAGGAGAUGGUGAGAGGCUUGCCUAA